AUGCCAGACUCCCCGUCUCCAGGACCAGCAACUCAUCAACCCACCCUCUCAACUCAAAUCUCACAUGGAUAUAUUCCGCGACCACGAUCCCGAUCAGCAGAAAGCCUCCAGAAGAUCCGCAUCAAAAAUCGGCGGAAACUCUACCUCGAUCGCCACCCUUCCUAUUUCACAUCUCCAGACCUAGAACUAGCCGAUCCAUUACUCUACGACCGCUGCAUCCGUCGCUUCCAAACCGCCUCGGAGCGCGAAGCAGACGGCAAAGCCAAAGGCUACUCCGGCGUCCUGGAAGCAGAUCUCUACCGCACCGAAGCUAAGAUCCUCGCCUUGCACCCCCCUUCCCCCUCUUCUGCUCCGUCGAUGCUCCCCAAGUCCGCUUCGGAGCAGAAUUUUGUCCCGUUUGUGUCUUAUCAGAGGGGUAAGGAUGGGCAAGUAUUGCCGGAGGAAGAGGACGAGGUGCCAAAAACAAGGCAGGAGGGGUGGCAGAGGUGGGUGUUUGGGAUGACGGUGAGAUUUUUGAAGGGCGAGGAUGGAGAGUUUGAGUAUGGGGUUGUGGACGGAGCGGUGGGUGAAGAGGAUGAGGUCGAGAUGAGGGAGAGGGAGGAGGAGUGGUUUGAGGGGGAGAGUCCGGGGGAGGUGGAAGGGGACGGGGAGACGGGUAUUCAGGAUUUUUAG